UAUUACAGCUUGACUUGGGGAGAAACUAUAGGAAGGAAAGAAAAUAUAUGGAACUGAUGAAACUCAUAUUGUUGCCCUUUUUCUGCAUGUGUUUUCAUGGACACACUGCAUAUCCACACAAGUCAACAUGUACGAUUGAGAAGGCCAAAGCAGACUGCAGUCAUAUGAAUCUGGAUGCAGUUCCAACGGACCUACCAAAAAAUAUCACCACAUUGGACGUGUCUCACAAUAGACUUAAAACUCUGUCUUCUCUGCAUUUGUACUCGAAUCUGGUGACUAUAGACACCAGCUACAACUCUUUAACUGCCAUAGAGAAGAAUCUAUGUCUUUCUGUUCCACACCUGCAAAUUCUUAAUGUGCAACACAAUGAAGUGUAUUUGAUAAGUGAGAAAGACCUGAAAAAUUGUUUUCAUUUAACAAGACUUGACCUAUCUGACAACAGACUGAAGCUAAAUGGAGAGCCUUUCUCUGUUCUAAAGAGUUUGACAUGGUUGGAUGUAUCUCGAAACAAACUGAAAUCAGCGAAACUGGGCACACAACCGCAGCUGCCAAACCUAAUCACCCUCGUUCUCUCUGGAAAUCAAAUUUCUGUACUGCAAAAGAAUGACUUCUCAUUCCUCAGUAAUUCUUCUGCAUUUCGGGUUCUGAUACUCUCGUCUCUGUCUCUUAAAAAGGUAGAGAGUGGCUGUUUCCAGGCUAUUGCUAGACUUUCUGACUUAGUCCUGGAUUACUCCAAGAUCAGCCCUCAGUUGACCACCAGUCUUUGUGAAGAACUUGCUGGCACAGCUUUGAGAAACCUUUCCCUUAAGAACACUCAACAGGUGACUCUCUCAAACACAACUUUCCAAGGUCUAGAGAAGACUAACAUCACAGUGCUCGACCUCAGCAGCAACACAAUGUCAAAGAUUGCAGAAGGAGCCUUUCAGUGGUUUCCCCGAGUGGAAAUUUUAUCCCUGGAGCAUAACACUCUUAGACACCUAACUAAGGACACAUUCCGUGGAUUGGGAAACCUGAGGCAGCUUAACCUGCAGAAAGCACUGAUUAAGAGUCAUACAUCAUCAUUACCGAUUAUUGAAGACUUCUCUUUCCACCAUUUAGUUCAAUUAGAGCAUCUAUGCAUGGCAAAUACUGCAUUCCGAGAGAUAACAGAGCAUAUCUUUUCUGGACUUCUGAACCUGAAGACACUGGAUUUGAGUUGGAGCAUCACAGGGUUGAAGAUGGUCACAAACAGAACAUUUGCUGCUUUACAAGACUCUCCACUCCUUCAGACUCUUAAUCUUACUGCCAUGGGUAUCAACAAGUUGGCACCUGGGGCCUUUUCAAGUUUGGGCAACCUCACUACACUCCUACUUGGUCACAAUUUCAUUUAUCAGCAAUUGAAAGGAGAUGAGUUCGAGGGCCUCUCUAACAUUAAACAGAUUGACUUAACUAUGAACCAGCAAAGCAUUUCCCUUACCAAUAUGUCAUUCAUCCGCGUCCCAACAUUAAGGAGUCUAAAGCUCAGCCGUGCCCUAAAAGGGACCCUAGCUAUGCAACAAUCUCCAUUCAAGCCACUUAUCAACCUCACAUUUCUAGAUCUCAGUAAUAACAAUAUUGCAAACAUAAAUGCUUGCUUGCUGAAAGGACUCUACCAUCUGAAAGUGCUGAAAAUGCAGCACAACAACUUGGCUAGGUUGUGGAAGACAGCCAACCCUGGUGGUCCAGUGUUGUUUCUCCAGGAUGCCACAAAACUGUCUGUCCUGGAUCUGGAUUACAAUGGUUUAGAUGAGAUUCCACUCAAUGCUUUGCGCGGCCUCUCAGAGUUACGUGAGCUAAGUCUCCAUGGUAAUCUUUUGGAUCAGCUGCAUGCCUCUGUUUUUGAUGACCUACAGUCUUUAAAGUAUUUGUAUCUUCAAAAGAACCUUAUAACUUCUGUCCAACAUGUCACUUUUGGUGUGCCGCUGUCCAACCUGACAGAACUUUACAUGGACCACAACCCCUUUGACUGCACCUGUGAGAGCAUCCUGUGGUUCUCUGAGUGGCUUAACUCUACCAGUGCUAGCAUUCCUGGAUUCCCUCAAAAUUACAUCUGCAACACCCCAAAUGCCUACUUUAACCACUCUGUCAUGAAAUUUGACCCAUUGUCCUGCAAGGAUAUGACACCUUUUAAGGCAUUGUACAUUUUUAGUAGCACAGCAGUGUUAAUGUUGUUAUUUGCAGCUUUCCUGGUACACUUCCAGGGAUGGAGAAUCCAGUUCUUCUGGAACAUAAUGGUAAACCGUAUGCUGGCGUCACUGGAGGAUGAAAGCAUUACUGAAGGUAGAUAUGCAUAUAAUGCAUAUAUCAUCCACAGUGCUGAGGACAGACCAUGGGUGGAACGAAGCUUGCUCCCCUUAGAGGAUGAAAAAUUCCAUUUUUUUCUUGAAGACAGAGAUGCAAUACCUGGCUUUUCUCAACUUGACACCAUUGUUGAAAACAUGGGACAGUCUAGGAAAAUCCUUUUUGUUAUUACAGAAAAGCUUCUAAAGGAUCCGUGGUGUAGGCAAUUUAAAGCCCAUCAUGCACUUCACCAGGUAAUGGAGGACAAUCGUGACUCGCUAAUUCUGAUUUUUUUGCAAGAUGUAACUGAUUACAGUCUGAACCGCUCUCUGCAUCUUCGUCGUGGCAUGUUGAAACCUCAUUGUAUCCUCUACUGGCCUUUACACAGGGAACGAAUCCCAGCUUUCCAUCAGAAACUCCGCUCAGCAUUAGCCUCUACCAACAAGGUCAACUAGAAAUUAUUUUUUUCACUAUUUGUACUACAGUCUUGGAUUCUCUGUUCCAUCGCUUUUAAUUUCUUAACACAUUUACAUUUCAAAAGAAUUUGCAGGUGAGAUUAGGUCGAGUGCUGCUUCCUAGCAGAUACCACUUACUAGACACAACAUCCAGUGGCCUUGCAAGGAAGCUACCAAAUGUGACUUGGCUAAUUAUUUUAAGCAAACAGAUAAAUUCACUCACAGGAGAAGUUUUGCUACCUUUUUAUACCCUGUUUAGUAAUCACAAUACCAUAAUCCCAUUGCGACUCCCAACUAGAUACUUGUCCAAACACAAUAGGGCCCACUCUGUCUAAGGUACUAGCUUUUCUCAUAUUAUUUUUUAUGCCCAAAGAGAUCAUUUCAGUCAAACUCACAUCUGUGACCAUAACAAUUUCAUUUAAUCUGGCCAUUUGCUGGCCACUGUCCUCAGGGCCACAAAUAAAAGGAGUAAUAGAUAUUUGGGAAUCUUUGGAAUUUUGAAAAAAUCAAGGAUUCAUAUAUUUAAAUAUUAAUAAUAAUAAUAAUAAUUUAUAAUUAUAAUAAUUUAAUAGAUUUUAGUCAAAUAUAAUACUGUACAGCGGUGCAGUAUUUUGUUUUACUUUUUUUUUUUUAGGUUAAGUAGCUUUGGCAUGUUCUCACUGCAAGUAUUCAAUAUUUAAUUGUUUCUGUCCUAGAAGGUGAUGAUAAAUGUUGCACUUUUCAAACAUUUUCUGAAGUCUGUGUCAAUCCUAAACAGUGACAAUUACACAUGCUUUAGUAUUUAAGAAUUGAAAUCUUUUGUACAAUGCAGCCAUCCAGUGUUAAUUUCUUUAACCCGAUGAAAACAUAUUAUUUUGCAUUUUUUCUUUCUACUGUAUAGGGGAGACCGUGGCUGGUUGCCAACUUUGCUGAAUAUUUCUUAGGGUAGGUUUUUAUUUUUUGAAAGUCUAAUUCUAUAGGCAAUGCUUCACAAAAAUGGUACUGAAAAUGUAGUACUUACUGAGAACCUUGUAGUUGACAUUGUGUACUGUGACAACUGACCUUCCCAAUGUGAUAUUUAGUCUUGUCUCCCAUAUAAUGUAUACAUAAUAAUAAUAAUGAAAAUCUACAGUAUCAGUAUUACAGAAGUCUUUCUAAUUUUUUUUUUUCAUGAAACAUCAAAUAAAGGGAAAAAUUG